GGGCCGCGCCGACGGUCCCGCGGCGCCCGAGCCGCCCCGUCGGCUCUCCGGUGGCGAGGGGCGGAGGAGGCGGCGGCCGGAGCCGGAGCGGGGGGCGCUCGCCGCUGCCCCGGGGCCGGGACAUGUCGUCGGCGGCGGUGGCGGCUGCUUCCCGCAGGCAGUCGUGCUACCUGUGCGACCUGCCCCGCAUGCCCUGGGCCAUGAUCUGGGACUUCACCGAGCCCGUCUGCCGUGGCUGCGUCAACUACGAGGGCGCCGACCGCGUGGAGUUCGUCAUCGACACGGCGCGGCAGCUGAAGCGGGCGCACGGCUGCUUCGCCGAGGGCCGGGCCCCGCCGCCGCCGCACGCCAAGCAGCCGCCGCUCUCUGCCAAGGAGCUCCUGGCGCAGCAGCAGCAGCUCGGCCACCCCUCGGCGGCGGCGGAGGCGGCGGCGCGGCCCCCGCCGCAGCCCCUGGAGCGCUACCCGCUGGCCGCCGAGCGGCCGCCGCCCCGCCUGGGCGCCGAGUACGGCGGCGGGCGGCAGGUGAACGGCAUCCUGGUGCCCAACGGCUUCCCCAAGCCCGAGGAGCCGCCCGAGCUCAACCGGCAGAGCCCCAACCCGCGCCGGACGCACGCCGUGCCGCCCACUCUGGUGCCGCUGGUGAACGGCGCCGGGCUCCCCGCCGCCAUCGGCGGCCUGGGCGGCCGCGCCGCCGCCGCCUCGCUGGCCGCCAUCUCGGCCGCGCCCGCCCCGCUGGCCGUGCCCGUGCCCCAGCAGCCGGCGGCGGCGGCGCAGGCGGCGGCCGGGCAGCCCGGCGAGCUGGGCCACAAGCGGCCCGGCUCCGUCUCGUCCUCGUCGUCGGGCGGCGGCGGCGGCGGCGCGGCGGGGGAGCACGACGGCGGCGGCAAGGAGAAGCGCGGUUCGGCCGAGAGCAUGCCGGCCGCGGCGGAGAUGGGCGCCGAGGGCAAGAGCCGCGCGGGCGGCGAGGAGUGGCUGGCCAAGCCCAAGACGGUGCGGGACACGCUGCUGGCCCUGCACCAGCACGGCGGGCACGCCGUGCCGCCCUUCGACAGCAAGUUCAAGAAGGAGCCGGGCAUGGCGGGCGGCAGGCUGCUGGGCUACGAGAGCAACGGCGCCGCGGCCAAGCCGGGGGCCCGCGCAGCCCGGAAGAGGAAGCCGUCCCCCGAGCCGGAGGGCGAGGCGGGACCCCCGAAGAUCAACGGGGAGGCGCAGCCCUGGCUGCCGGCCGCGUCCGAAGGGAUGAAGAUGCCGCUGACGGCCACCUCCUUCAUGUCGCCCCCGCCGCCCACCGCCUCGCCCCACUCCAACCGGACCACGCCGCCCGAGGCGGCCCAGAACGGCCAGUCCCCCAUGGCCGCGCUCAUUUUGGUGGCGGACAAUGCCGGGGGCAACCACGCCUCCAAGGAAGCCAACCAGGUCCACUCCACCACCAGGAGGAACAGCAGCAGCCCCCCCUCGCCCUCCGCCAUGAACCAAAGAAGGCUGGGCCCCGGCAGGGAGGUGCCGGGCCAGGGGGGCAGCGCGGCGGGCGGGCUGGAGCCCGUGCACCCCGCCAGCCUGCCGGACUCGUCCCUCGCCGCCAGCGUCCCCUUGUGCUGUACCCUGUGCCACGAGCGCCUGGAAGACACCCACUUCGUGCAGUGCCCUUCGGUCCCGUCCCACAAGUUCUGCUUCCCCUGCUCCCGGCAGAGCAUCAAGCAGCAGGGGGCCAGCGGGGAGGUGUACUGCCCCAGCGGGGAGAAGUGCCCCCUGGUCGGCUCCAACGUGCCCUGGGCCUUCAUGCAGGGGGAGAUCGCCACCAUCCUGGCCGGGGAUGUGAAAGUGAAAAAGGAGAGAGACUCGUGACUGUGCUGGCCCAGCGCCGCCCGUCGCCCCGACUGCUCCGGUUCUGUAUAUAUCUAUAAAUAUAUAUAUAUAAAUAUAUAUAUAUCUCCAAGACAAGGGAAAUGUAGACUUCAUAAACAUGGCUGUAUAAUUUUGAUUUUUUUGAAUACAUUGUGUUUCUAUAUUUUUUGAAGACAAAAGGUAUGUACUUAUUAUAAAGGCAUUUCUUCUAAUUCUCUCUUUUUUUUUCCCUCCCGUCCUCCCCCCUCCCACUUUUUUUUCCCCCUUUUGUUAUAGCAACUGUUUGUUGUGCUUCCCUGGUGACAAUUACUGUUCGAUGUAGGCUGUGACUUGCGCUGCUUUUUUUAGAGCACUUGGCAAACCAGAAAUGCUUCUAGCUGUAUUUGUAUGCACUUGUUUCCUUUUCCUUUUUUUUUUUUUUCUUCUUCUUCUUCUUUUUUUUUUUUUUUUUAAAUGCCAAAUACACUUUCUGACAUUGUAAAGAUCGCCUUACUGUCUGUGAUUCCUUAUUGCUGGCCCCCUGUUUCUGUAGGGCUGGGGGCAGGCGGGCGCAGGGAGCACGAGGGGCUCCUCCCGGGAGCGGCCGUCCGCCUCGUGUGGCCGUGCCGGCCCCAGUCCAAAAUUCCUCCGUGUUUCUCAAGGGAAGUUGCCUUUGGAGUAGGAUGUGGAGAGGUGUUGGAGAGGCGCUGUUGAGUUAGGGAUUUCUGGGUUGGUUUGUUUCUGUUGGUUUUUUUUUUUCCUUUUCUUUUUUUUUUUAAGGCAAAGUUGACCGCAGUUCACGUGAUCAGUUGUAAGAUUACAAAACUGCGUCUGUUCACCAAUUGCAUACUCUAACGUGGAAUUGUGAUAGGCGACCUAAUGACAUGAUUGGUGACUGCACCCGUGUAGCACUGCCGUCUCUGAAAGCCUUCAGCAUUGGGGUUUUUUUUUUGUCUCUGGACAAUGCUGGGGAGGUGGGAGAAAGGCUGUUUGGUUUGGUUUUUUUUUUCCUUUCUAAUUUUACUUUAAUUUUCAGGUAGUGCAGGUGGACUUUUGAAUUUGCUUAUCAGUCACCUCUGGUGCUGUUGCUAUUGUUACUAUCGCUGACACGGUGUUUCCAAGUAGUGACAGGUACAGUGUGGUACAAUGACAGCAGCAACUGAGGCUCUGCCAGAUUGCCUGCAGGCAUAUCAGCGACAGCCCAAAUGUGGGUGGAGGAAACCUGCAAUUUCCUUAUUACGUGUGCUUGAAACAAACCUACUGCUAUUCUUUGAAAAUGAAAAUAUAAACUGGUUGAAAUGAAAGCAAUUAGGGCUUCACAUAAUUGCCAUGGCCCUGACUUUUAAGCUACUUUGGAGAACUCUUUUGUAAAGCCACUUCUUUUGAUCACGCUUCUGCAUCACCAAGCAGACUUCUAAAAUCAAUAAAUCAUUGGUUACUAGAAAUAGUUGAGUCUUAUAGUGAUGUUUUUGUGCUGUUUAUAGUAUGUUGGCAACGCUGCAGCUGGAUGAGCCCUUCUGUUGAGGUGUUUAUAACUGGGUUAUAAGCGGUUGUUUCUGAGCAAAGGGGUGGUGAGGUUGUCCCAGCCCUGGGAUGGGCUGAUGAGCACUUGGUGCCCGAGGAGGAGAAAUCUGUUCAGCUGACGUAAAUUUGAAACAUUUUGGGUGCUUUUGAGUCAACUGUUCUUAUUGUGAUAAUGUUCAGACUGCAGUUUAAUGCAGAGUAGCUCUUUUUCUGGAAGACUUUUCAUUUUUUUUUUCCUCUAAAGAAAUGGUCAUUAUUAGUAUUUGAAGAUCAGAACUGCACACGCACAGUAAUUUUUUUAUGAAGUGUUUAAUGAGCACACCCACUACAUUGUGUUCCAUAUUACAGGUCAAUGUAAUAUUAGAUAAGACUUGCAUGAUAAACAGAUUCAUUGAGUCGAUAUUACGCUUUAAAUCUUAUACCUAUAGUCAAGAUUGGUGUCCUAUUGUAAACACAUUUAGCCAAUUUGAAGAAAACGCACAUUAUAUAUAUAUACCUAUAUAUAUUCCUAUAUAUAUAAAAACUGUAAAGGAUUCUUUGGAACCACUAUGAUCUGUGUAAAUGUGUAUUUAGGCACUUUAUUAAAAAAAAAAUGGAUUUUGAGCUGAUAGAUGGUAACAAGUUCUUCAGAGUUGCUUGGCAUGACACCUCUGUGGUAUAGAGCUCAUGUUUUUGAUUAAGGUGGUAUCUCUACUUUAAAACCAAAACGGAAACACCAACACAACCCUUCAGAGGUCCCCUUCUAAGUUACGUUGCGGCCUAGUGUGAGGGCUGGGCCUGCUCUGACAAACAGGGCCUCCUUAAGGCCCGUUGACACCGGCAUGGCCGGUCCUGAAGUCAGCACCCUCCUCCCCCCUGGCUCCCGCACCCCCUGAGGUGGAGGGGACAGCGGGAGGGCCCGGUACCAGUGCUGGCUUGGUGGGCCUGCAGGCCCCUCUCUAAGCCUGGUCACCAUAAAGCUGCAAGAUUGCAAAAGGAAACAAGCUAAAAUCCGAGGGGUUUUCUUGUUGUAUCUCACUUUUCUCAAAUCCAGUGUUGCUUUUUUCCUUUCUGCUGCUUUACUGAGUUACAACACCAGUGGAUUCUCCAUUUACACCACUUCACCAUUUCCUGGGCUGCAGGCUUUUUUUCUUUUUUUUUUUAAGUGCUUUGGCUGCAACAGUACUACUUACCUUACUCUUUAAACUUUUCAAAAGGUGAUACUGUAAUUUGUGUAGUAUUAAAAAUGUUUUACUUAA